AUGCAACCUGCGUUGGCGCCAGCACCGCAUCCCAGUAUGCAGAACCCUGCUCAGGACCACGCGGACCAGGUGCUCCAUGACCAGCUGCUCGCUGCUCAGCACAGUAUGCACCGCCCCCAAGGGGGCCCGGGCCAGCAGCACCUCCAACCUAACACUGCUAGCCCUCGGGACCAAGCCAACAUUGACCCGGCCAUUUCGGGUGCUAUGAUGGCUGCUGCUCCUCAGACCCCAACCCAACCGCAGCAGGGAUCACCAGAAGACGUCACUCCCAAGAGCUAUGGUAAGCGGGAAUUAUCGACAUCCAAGCGUGCUGCGCAAAACCGAGCUGCCCAGCGUGCUUUCCGCCAGCGGAAGGAGACAUACAUCCGCAAACUCGAGGAAGAAGUCAAGGGUGUUGAUGGUCUUCGUGAGCAGAUUAAGCAGCUGCUCGGUGAAAACUACUCCCUCCGUGAAUACGUUAUCAACUUGCAGUCGCGUCUCAUGGAUGCCCAGGCAGAAGUUCCCGAGCUGCCCCCGAACAUCGAUCUCAGCCAGCCCCGCCAUGAUCUUGCCCUGGCUGCUGCAGGGAUCACCGCCUCCGGCCCCCCUGGCUCCGUGCCAGCUGCUACCGGCCCCCAGACCCAGCACCCUGGGUCUGCCAACGAUGAUAUGAACUCUCUGAAUCGCAUCGCUGUCGCAGGGCUGGGCAUGCGCAAGCACCCUGAUGAGGCCAACUUUAUGGGCGGUAAUUUUCAGCCCAACAAGCGUGUUCGUGGCGACGAAAACCAGGGUGACAGCUCCGAUGGGAUUCCCAAGCAGGAGACUCACCACGGUCUGCCAAUGGCGUGA